GCCAGCUCCCUCUCGUUGAUAAAAAAGACGAAGAGAGAGAGAGAGAGAGAGAGAGAGUGAGUUUCUGCAAUUCUAGGUUUUGAAAAUGGCGACGCCAUUAACGGGCCUCCAGCACAGAGACGGAGUUCUUCCUCUAAUGGCAGGCCCCGUAAAUUCGGUCGAUUCUUCGUCCUCUUCCACAUCCCCUUCUCCUUCUCCUUCAUCAUCCAAGCUCUGCUUGAAGAAUUCCGCCUCGAAAUCCCCCAUCCUCAUCUUUCUCUUCUUCCACAAAGCCAUCCGAUCCGAGCUAGACGGUCUCCACCAGUCCGCACUCGCCUUCGCAACCGAUUGCAGCGGCCAUAGCGACAUCCGUCCCUUGUUCGAGCGCUACCAUUUCCUCCGCGCAAUCUACAAGCACCACUGCAAUGCAGAAGACGAGGUUAUCUUUCCAGCUCUUGAUAUACGUGUGAAGAAUGUAGCACGGACUUACUCGCUUGAGCAUGAGGGGGAAAGCCUGCUUUUUGAUCAGUUGUUUGAAUUGUUGAAUUCAAACACGCAGAACGAUGACAGUUUCCGGAGAGAGCUAGCUUCUUGUACGGGAGCGAUUCAAAUAUCAGUUAGUCAGCACAUGUCUAAGGAAGAGGAGCAGGUCUUCCCCUUGCUUGUAGAUAAGUUCUCAUUCGAAGAACAGGCUGCCUUGGUCUGGCAGUUCUUUUGCAGCAUCCCUGUGAAUAUGAUGGCAGAGUUCCUUCCAUGGCUUUCUUCUUCUAUUUCACUUGAUGAGCAUCAAGAUAUGCUGAAAUGCUUGUGCAAGAUAGUCCCAGAUGAAAAGCUUCUUCAAAAGGUCAUAUUCACCUGGAUGGAAGGGAAAAAUACUGCCAAGGUCAUUAAAAGUUCUGAAGAUGAUCCUCAAUUGCAGUGCUGUGUGGAUCCCACACAUGGCCAAUUAAUAGAUCGAACAGAGAAAGGGUGUUGCGCUUGUGAAUCUUCCAAGACUGGAAAAAGGAAACAUCUGGAGUCAGCUGUUGAUUCAAUUGUAGCACAUCCAAUUGAUGAAAUAUUGUAUUGGCACAAUGCUAUAAAAAGAGAGUUGAAUGAUAUAGCUGAAGAGGCAAGGAAGAUACAACUUUCAGGAGAUUUCUCUGAUUUAUCAGCUUUCAAUGAGAGGUUACAAUUCAUUGCCGAAGUAUGCAUCUUCCACGGCAUUGCUGAGGAUAAGGUUAUAUUCCCAGCGGUAGAUGGGGAAUUAUCGUUUGCUCAGGAGCAUGCUGAAGAAGAAAGCCAAUUCGACAAUUUUAGAUGCUUGAUAGAAAGCAUUCAGAGUGCUGGAGCCAAUUCAAAUUCAGCUGAUUUUUAUGCAAAGCUGUGCUCACAUGCUGACCAAAUAAUGGGCAUCAUACAGAAGCACUUCCAUGGCGAGGAAGUUGAGGUUCUUCCUCUUGCUCGUGAGCAUUUCAGUCCUACAAAACAGCGAGAGCUUCUGUAUGAAAGCUUGUGUGUGAUGCCACUGAAAUUGGUAGAACGCGUCUUGCCAUGGCUGGUAGGAUCACUUAGUGAAGAAGAAGCGAGGUCUUUUCUUCAAAAUAUGAACUUAGCAGCUCCAGCGUCUGAUGCUGCACUGGUUACACUUUUCUCUGGCUGGGCAUGCAAGGGUCGUGCCCAGGAUGUUUCCAAAUCAGGAAGGUUCAUAUGUUUAUCUUCAAGUGCAAUCAGUGACUGUCCGGUAAAGAAACUGAAUGAAAUUGAAGUAGGUAUCAAUCAGCCAUUAUGUGCAUGUGCUUCUCGAUUGUACACACAUGAAGAGACAUCAUUUCUGCAAGAAGAUAACAACAAAAGGCCAGUCAAACGUGGAAACUUCUCAGGGUCAUGUGAAAAUAUCAAUGAUUGUGGACAUUCAGAUGCCUUAGACAAAAAACAGUCUUGUAGUAAUCAGCCUUGCUGUGUCCCGUGUUUAGGAGUGAACAAGACUAACCUGGGAAUAACUUCACUUGCUGCCAAAAAGCCUUUACGUUCCUUGUCUUACAGUUCUGCUCCUUCUCUUAAUUCCAGUCUUUUUGUCUGGGAAAUGGACAAUAGCUCUUCCGAAAUUGGGCAUGCACCAAGGCCGAUUGACAACAUAUUCAAAUUUCAUAAAGCUAUAAGCAAAGACUUGGAAUAUUUGGAUGUUGAGUCUGGAAAGCUUAUUGGCUGUGAUGAGACAUUUCUUCGACAGUUCAGUGGAAGAUUUCGGCUCUUGUGGGGGUUAUAUAAAGCUCAUAGUAAUGCAGAGGAUGAGAUUGUUUUUCCAGCUUUAGAAUCUAAGGAGGCUCUUCAUAAUGUGAGCCAUUCAUACACUCUCGACCACAAGCAGGAGGAGAAACUCUUUGAGGAUAUCUCCACUGUUCUUUCUGAGUUUUCCCAGCUGCAUGAAAUCAUGAGCAGAACCAUUCCUCCUAGCAUUUCUACUGGAAGUAACCUGAAUUCUUCUUGUGAUGGGAAUGAUCUGAUGAGGAAGUACAACGAGCUUGCUACGAAGCUCCAAGGCAUGUGUAAAUCCAUACGGGUGACGCUCGACCAACAUGUUUUCAGGGAAGAACUCGAGUUGUGGCCGUUGUUUGACAGUCAUUUCUCUGUGGAAGAGCAGGACAAAAUUGUUGGUUGUAUAAUUGGGACAACAGGAGCAGAAGUGCUCCAGUCAAUGUUACCAUGGGUAACUUCUGCUCUUACUCAGGAGGAGCAGAAUAAAAUGAUGGACACAUGGAGGCAGGCAACAAAGAACACAAUGUUCAGUGAGUGGCUUAAUGAAUGGUGGAAAGGAACUCCUGGGCCAUCGUGCGAGACUGCAACAGGGAGUGUUGUUUCUGCUCAAGGCAUGGAUUUCCAAGAAAGUCUGGACCAAACUGAUCAGAUGUUCAAGCCUGGCUGGAAUGAUAUUUUCCGAAUGAAUCAGAAUGAGCUUGAGGCGGAGAUAAGGAAGGUUUCUCGGGACCCAACUCUUGAUCCACGUAGAAAGGCAUAUCUUAUUCAAAAUCUUAUGACCAGUCGCUGGAUAGCUGCCCAGCAGAAGUCACCUGAAGCAAGAGCAGGGGAAAAUGUGAAUGGUGAAGAAGUACCAGGAUGCUCUCCAUCAUUUCGAGAUCCUGAGAAGCAAGUGUUUGGCUGCGAGCACUACAAAAGAAACUGCAAACUCCUUGCUGCUUGCUGUAACAAAUUAUUCACAUGCCGGUUUUGCCAUGAUAAAAUCAGUGAUCACUCAAUGGAUAGGAAAGCAACAUCAGAAAUGAUGUGUAUGCGCUGUUUGAAGAUCCAGGCAGUUGGACCGAUUUGCAAGACUCCUUCCUGUGAGGGACUUUUAAUGGCAAAAUACUAUUGUAACAUUUGCAAAUUUUUUGAUGAUGAAAGGAUAGUGUACCAUUGCCCAUUCUGCAACUUAUGCCGCCUUGGAAACGGACUUGGCGUUGACUUCUUUCAUUGCAUGACAUGUAAUUGUUGCCUGGGGAUGAAGUUAGUCGAGCACAAUUGCCGGGAGAAAGGUCUGGAGACUAAUUGCCCCAUAUGUUGUGAUUUCUUGUUCACUUCAAGUGCAGCAGUUAGAGCCCUUCCAUGUGGCCAUUUCAUGCAUUCAGCUUGUUUUCAGGUGUACACUUGUAGUCACUACACGUGUCCAAUAUGCAGCAAAUCCUUGGGAGAUAUGGCGGUCUACUUCGGCAUGCUCGAUGCCUUGUUGGCUGCUGAAGAGCUUCCAGAAGAAUACAAGGAUCGUUGUCAGGAUAUACUCUGCAACGACUGCAAUAAGAAGGGGACAGCCCACUUCCACUGGUUGUACCACAAAUGCAGCUUCUGCGGUUCAUAUAAUACCAGGGUCAUCAAGACCGACACGACAUGCUCCACGCCAAACUAGCACAUGUUGCUUCAGAUACUUGGGUUGUGCUCCCUCUUCAUGGCAGGAUAAACAAAGUGAGAACUAUGCACCUCUAGGGCUGCAAGCUGGAACCCAACUUGCCCAACCUGAAAAUUGUGUUGGGUUGGGCUUGGGCUGGAAAUCCUCAACCCCGGGUCGGUUUGCGCUCUGGCUGAGGCCUCAGGACCAUGGCUUGGUGAUGGCAUGUCACCCAGCUUAGGUGGUUCAAUGUAACUCGCAUUGUGUGCCUGCUUAUCAAGCAUCACAUGGAGCCAGGGUACAAAUAACUUCCCUUCUUAGCUUAUGGAAUGGGGCUUUUGCUCAGCCCACUUGCGUAUAUGGGUCGGCUAUUGCAUGCUACCAUAUAUGCCAGCGUUGCACACAAGUGAAAUAUUAUUAAUAAUACCAUGAAUUUGGUAUUAUCCCAUAAUCACAUUUUAUUGAUGAUAAUUAGCAUUUCAUGUUCAGAGUUGAAUGAGAUCCAUUGAAAAUCAUAUUUUUCAU